AUGAGGGCCUGUCUGAGCCCUCAGAGGAGGCACCUGAUGAAUUGUCGGAGCGGGCAGCUACGGCUGACCCUGCUCAGAGCCUACCUGGGGGACCAGAGCCUGCCUCCAGUUUGGAAUAUUGAAGGCUUGAGUUGGGAUCCUGUUAAAUGUGGAACAGACAGAAUUUCAAUACCACGAAAACAACUGUGGAGGCCUGAUAUUAUCAUCAAUGAAUUCAUUGAUGAAAAUAAAGUCCCAGACACAUAUUACCUCUACCUUGAAUAUACUGGCAAGGUAAUGGAUGAUCUUCCAUUUCAUGUCAUCAGUUCUUGUAACCUGGACAUCUAUACCUUUCCAUUUGAUAUUCAAAACUGCACAUUCACCUUUAAUUCAUACCAGCACACUGUGCUGGAUGUUCAGUUGUCCUUUGAUAAACCGGUUGAGGAAGCAUUCAAAAAUUCUCUUGAAGCGAUGACAACUAAAGGAGAGUGGGAGCUGGUCGACAUGCUUGCUCAAAAACCUACAAUACCUCCCCAGGAAAUGAAUAUCUCACGGGACACGCUUACUUACUAUAUCGUCCUCAGGCGUCGAGCGACUCUGUAUGUGGUGAACCUCCUGAUUCCCAGCUGCUUCCUCAUUACAGUAGAUCUGUUUAGCUUUCUUCUGCCUCCCCAAAACGUGGAUCGUUCUGCCUUCAAAAUGACCCUCAUUUUGGGUUACACUGUAUUCCUGCUGCUAAUGAAUGACCUGCUGCCCGUCACAGGAAACACCUUACCUCUCAUAAAUGCUUUUUUCUCCCUCUGCUUGGCUCUGAUGGUGGCCAGUCUUCUGGAGACAAUUCUUAUCAUAAAUAUCCAGUGUGGCUCCACUCACUAUGGACCUUUACCUUCAUGGGCCAAGGCGCUUUUCCUCAACUAUAUCGCCAAACUUGUUCGUUUAAGCAAGAAACCCAGUGACCAAAACUGUGAUCCUGAAGUACCUGUAGAGCACAGACUAGAGACCAAACGCUGUGAUCCUGCAGUUGAAACCCCUCCAAGCGAAGCAGCAUAUAAGACACCUGCUCUUCUGGAACUGAAGGAGAUAAGCUACGAGUUACUCUCCAUCCGUCAGCAGAUUGAUAAACAUUUUAAAACUGAUGAGAGUGCAGAGGAGUGGAUGCAUUUGGGUCAAGUCAUUGACCGCUUGCUUUUCUGCCUGUAUGUUGUGUUUCUUUCAGUUAGUUUUAUCACUAUUUUAGUCUUCUGGAUUUACUGGUACAAGAAAAAUGCAUCUUUAAUAAAUAAAUGGUAACCAAAUAAAACUUUAUAGGAAUGAGUGUUAAGUACAUUAUAUAAUUGCUGAACCUGUAUAACAUAUUGCUACUUAUUAAUGGAAGGUAAUACUGCUCUAUUGCUAAUAGUUAAUAUUUUCUGCUAAAUUUCUUUACUUUUUAUUUGUUUUUGUCUCUACUUGUUGUAUUUUUUACACAACUAAUGAAUUAUCAUAAAUUUGUAGUCCUGUCAGAGCCGUGGCCUAGCAGUUCACAAACAAUAUAGAGCUGUUGGAAAUACAAAUGUCACAAAUGCAAUUCUGUAAUGUUUAAAUCCUAUUUAAAUUAAUGAAGUGAUAUAUUAUGUUAAAUAGAAUAAAAUUGUUUUUGAAA